CAACACUACUAUAUAACAAAUAAUUUGAGGAUAGCAAUCGAGAUAAGUACACCGACAGUUCUUGAUUGAUAAAGAUGCUGUUAUCCAGAGCUAAGCCUGCUACUGGUCCGGCGACGGUCGAGGAAAAGGAGAAGAAAAAGAAGAAACUCCCAAAACUAGAAGAUUUUGUUGCAGCAAGAGACUACACUGGAGCAGUCACUCUGCUGGAAUUCGAGAGAGCUAACAAGAAGAAUGAUAUUCAAACUGCGAUGUGGAUUUCUUACUGUUAUUUUCAUCUGGGAGAUUACAAGAGAUGCCUCAAGGAGUACACAGAAAUAACGGAGAUGAAAGGAGCCCCUCCUGAAAACUGGAACUACCUAGGAUGUGUUAUGUUUUUUCUGGGAAUGUACAAGGAGUCCGAGGAGGCUUGUGCAAAAGGUAAUAAAAGUAAGUUACAGAACAGGCUGAUGUUUCACUUAUCGCACAAGUUUAACGACGAAAAGAAGCUGAUGAGCUUCCACAAGAACCUUCAAGAUAUUGUUGAAGACCAGUUGAGUUUGGCGUCAAUACAUUAUCUGAGAAGUCACUACCAAGAAGCUAUCGACAUAUAUAAACGAGUGUUACUGGAAAACAGCUCAAAUGGGGGUAGCAAAAAGGAGUUCCUGGCAUUAAACGUGUACGUAGCACUAUGUUACUACAAACUAGACUAUUAUGAUGUCUCCCAGGAAGUUCUUGCUGUGUAUCUUCAACAUUUUCCCGACUCAACAGUGGCCAUAAACCUAAAAGCAUGCAAUCAUUUCCGAUUAUACAAUGGUAAAGCAGCGGAGGCUGAACUGAAGAAUUUAGCAGAUGUGUGUUCACCCAGCUUCAAAUUCGCUUCUGACCUUAUCAAACACAACCUCGUAGUGUUUAGAGCUGGGGAGUCAGCACUGCAAGUCCUACCACCCCUGAUAGACGUCAUACCUGAAGCUAGGCUGAACCUCGUUAUUUACUAUCUGAGACAGGAUGAUAUUCAGGAGGCUUACAAUCAUUUCAAGGACGUUUCUCCCACCACUCCUCAGGAAUACAUACUGAAGGGAGUUGUGAAUGCUGCUCUGGGACAAGAACAAGGUCUCAACGAUCACAUCAAGAUCGCUCAACAGUAUUUCCAGUUAGUAGGCGGAAGUGCGAGUGAAUGUGACACCAUCCCCGGCAGACAAUGUAUGGCUAGCUGUUUCUUCCUUCUCAAACAAUUCGACGACGUGUUAAUCUACCUCAACUCUAUAAAGAGCUACUUCUACAAUGAGGAUCAGUUUAACUAUAACUUUGGCCAGGCCAAGGCAGCUACCGGUAGCUACAAGGAGGCCGAGGAGAUAUUCCUCAUGAUCCAGUCUGAGAAGGUGAAAGCAGAUUACAUUUACCUGGGCUGGUUAGCCAGGUGCUACAUAAUGAACAGGAAACCCAGACUCGCCUGGGAACUGUACCUCAAACAGGAGACCAGCAGUGAGAGUUUCAGUUUGCUCCAGCUCAUUGCUAAUGAUUGUUAUAAGAUGGGACAGUUUUACUACUCAGCUAAAGCGUUUGACGUGUUAGAGAGAUUGGACCCUAACCCUGAAUACUGGGAGGGAAAGAGAGGAGCUUGUAUUGGGCUAUUCCAGCAGAUAAUAGCCGGUCAUGAGCCUAGAGAGACUCUGCGGGAAAUCCUAGCGAUCCUACGAAACACAGGGAACGCACAAGUCGAAUACAUUAUCAGAAUAAUGAAGAAGUGGGCUAAAGAUAACAGAGUAUCAGUCACGUGAUGAGAAACAACUGCUUCAUUGAGGAAGAGAGGGAAAUGAGGGGCAGUCCUGUUGAGAUUGUGUGCUUUUAUUGGGUCAUAUGACAGCUAAAAGACAAGAACGUUUGGAACUGCUAUAGUGCGGCCGCAAAAAGCUGGCCGCUAAUAGCUUGAUAAUGAUAUUGCAAUAGAAUUAAUAUUACGCUAAAGGCUUGAAAUUUAGAGGUCCGUUUUUCGUGACUGUAUCAUAGUUGGACAAGAUAUUAUCAUAAUGGAGCAGUGUGUUGCUGGUCAGCACGCUACGACUCUUAUCUAUAUGUUAUUUGUGAUAAGUUGUGUACUGUUAAAGUGUUAAUAAUUCUCAGGGUUACGAGGCAAACCUUUCGGCAGUUUCUCUUUAGUAAUUUUGAAGGUGGAGUUUUUCAACCUUGUAAGUGUAUUUUGUGUCUUUACGCCAUAACUUAAAACUCAUGAUAUCAGAUGUUUCCAGCUUGUAUCAUUGUCUUCAGAAUUCAUACCAUGUAAUUAUUUGAUGUUUAGUA